AUGGUUGAAAGUCGAGAGGUUGGUGGAGAUUCCAUGCUAAAAUCGCUGCUGGCAUGUGUAUUAAUUCGUGUAAAUAUCAGAGAUGUGGCACUGGGACCUGUAGAUAUGUUCGAGGACGAAAAACGUGCGUUUGUAGUCGUUGCAGGAAGUAAUCGUCCUAUAAAUGGAGUAACUGUGCUCGCUGCUCCAAUUGAAGAUGACAAUUCAAAUGUUAUGUGA